CUCUUCAUCAACAUCUUCUAAACCUUCUCAUCAUGGCAAUUUUCACUAAACCGAAGCUUUUAUUUCUCUCUUUCUUGAUCCUCUCUCUGUUCCUCGUCUCUCAAUGUGACGAUGACAACCCUCGGGGCCAAGACCCGAGGCAAGAGCUUGAGAGUUGCUUGAGUCAAUGCCAGGUUCAGGGCAAAAGACAAGACCCUGAACAGAAACUCCAGUGUCAGAGGAGCUGCGUGUUGCGCUAUGAGAAGCAACAGAGAGAGAGGUCUGAGGAUGUAAUUGAGGAUAUAUUGACUCAUCACCGUGAUCCCGAAAGGAUUUACAGAGAGUGCCAGCUGCGUUGUAGGAAACAACAACAGGGACAACAAAGGCAGUUGUGUACACAGCGUUGUCAACAAGAGUACCGAAGAGAGCAAGAACAACAAGGCCGGGGAGGAGAAGAAGAGUCUAACCCACAAAGAGAAAGAGAAGAAGAGAAUAAUCCCUACUUAUUCGAGUCUCAGAGGUUCCGAUCCCGAUUCAGAGCCAGGCAUGGUGAUUUCCGCGUCCUUCAGAAAUUCACAGAAAGAUCUGAACUUCUCCAAGGACUAGAGAAAUACCGAGUUGCGGUUCUUGAAUUUGAACCUCAGUCUUUCAUGCUUCCUCAUCACUGUGAUGGUGAAGCCAUAUUUGUUGUGGUUAGAGGGCAAGGAACAAUUAGUAUAGCAGAACAAGAGGAGAAGAACUCCUUCAACUUGCAACAUGGAGACGUAAUCAGGGUACCUGCUGGCUCAACUGUCUAUUUGCUCAACAGAGAUAACAAGGAAAGGUUCUUUGUUUACGUGCUGGCCAAGUCCGUCAAUGCCCCUGGCGAAUUCCAGGAAUACUUUAGCGCUGGAGGUGAAAAUCCAGAAUCCUUCUACAAAGCAUUCAGCAGUGAUAUCCUGGAGACUGCUUUCAAUACCCCAAGGGACAGGUUAGAGAGGCUCUUUGGACAACAAAAACAGGGGAUAGUAAUCAAAGCCAGUGAAGAGCAAAUUAGAGCAAUAAGCGAACACGCUUCACGCUCCACUAAGCAAACUAAAGGUGAAACGCAAGGCCCCUUCAAUCUGUUGAAGGAACGCCCGCAGUUCAGUAGCAGAUUUGGACAGUUUAUUGAAGCAUCUCCUGAGAGAUUCGAGCAGCUGAGGGACUUGGAUACUGCUGUUGCCUUCAUGAACAUCAACCAAGGUGGGAUGAUACUACCAUUCUACAACACAAGGUCUACAAGGGUGGCAAUGGUUGUAGAAGGAACCGGUCGUUUUGAAAUGGCAUGUCCUCAUCUUGGUAGACAAAGACAGAGGCAAAGAGAAGGCCAAGGGUCUCGUGGCGGAAGAGGAGAGCGCGAACAAGAAGAACAAGAGGAAGGAAAUGUCCACUAUCAAAAAGUGCGCGGUAAUCUAAACGUUGGUGAUGUUUUGGUAGUCCCAGCAGGCCAUCCUGUUACCAUAAUAGCCACCGGAGGCUCGAAUCUAAGGAUAGUUGGUUUUGGAAUCAAUGCUCACAACAACAGAAAGAACUUCCUUGCAGGACAACAAAGCAUAUGGAAAAAUGUGGAGAGGGAAGCAAAGGAACUGUCAUUCAACCUGCCCGGAAGGGAAGUUGAACAAAUAUUACAGAAGCAAGACCAGUCCUACUUUGUGGCAGGACCAGAACAUCGCCAGCAACACGGAGAGAAGGGUGAAGAAGGAAGAAGGGGAGAACAACAGUUUCUCUCUUCGAUUUCGGACUUUGUUUUCUAAGUUGUACCAUAUGCACUAAGGCAUGCACUAGGAAUAUAAUGAUGCUGUGGCCUGUGUGCAAAGUGAGAGAGCUUUGUGAGUAAAUAAGAAAAGGCUCCUAGAGUACUAUGAUGUAACUCUAGUUAAAAUAAAAUGUAUGUAGGUCUACUAAGCCAACGUUUUAAGCGUUUUUGGCCUCUACUUGUAAUGUCUUAUCUUGUACUCGUGUGCAAUGUAACUGUUGCAUCAUAAAGAAAACUCUCGUCUUUUAACCCAA